AUGGAUCUGAAGCCUCAGGCUGUGCUCAGAUUUGAAGCAAAGACCAAGAAUUCUAAAAGAAAAACAAAAAAAAAACCUCACAUCUUAGUCAUGGCAAACAUUACGCAUGUGGCAGUAGUGUUUGUGGACCCCCACAGCCAAGUCCCCACGAAUGAGCAUGAUCCUUACCAAGACUUUUAUGAUAUGGACUAUGGGAUCCCAGCUGAGGAAAUGCCGGACACCACUCAGGGCCUGGCCUAUUUUGUGGCCACCAUUGUUAUUGGAAUGGUUCUUGUCUGCAUCAUGCUGGUGUGCGGCAUCGGUAACUUCCUGUUUAUAGCCACCUUGGCCCGCUACAAGAAGCUGCGAAAUCUCACCAAUCUCCUGAUCGCAAACCUGGCCAUCUCUGAUUUUAUUGUGGCUGUAGUGUGCUGCCCUUUCUUGGUGGAUUACUAUGUGGUAAAACAGCUGUCCUGGGACCACGGGAAAGUGCUCUGUGCCUGCGUUAAUUACCUCCGAACUGUCUCUCUGUAUGUGUCCACCAACGCCUUAUUGGCCAUUGCUGUGGACAGGUACAUGGCAAUUAUCCACCCAUUAAGGCCCAGGAUGAAACAUCAUACUGCCUACUGUUUGAUAACAGGUGUGUGGAUUGUUCCAGUCAUCAUAUCGAUACCUUCUGCUUAUUUUACUUCUGCGACCAAGGUGCCUUAUGGUGCCAACCAAAGUAAAACCUUCUGUGCUCAGAUCUGGACAGUGGACCAGCAGCUUUACUACCGUUCCUACUACCUCUUCAUUUUCGCUGUGGAGUUCCUGUGCCCAGUCCUGAGCAUGGCCCUGUGCUACAUGCACAUCUCCAGGGAGCUUUGGUUCAAAAGUGUCCCCGGUUUCCAGACGGAUCAGAUCCGGAAGCGCUUGCGUUGCCGGAGAAAGACAGUCAUGGUGCUCAUUGGGAUCCUCACGGCAUACAUUCUCUGCUGGGCUCCUUAUUACGGCUAUACCAUCCUACGGGACUUUUACCCAACACUCAUCUCCAGGGAGAAGAACUCACUGGUGGCAUUUUACAUUAUUGAGUGCAUUGCCAUGAGCAACAGCAUGAUCAACACCUUCUGCUUUGUCAGUGUGAAGAAUAACACAGCAGUGUACUUCAAGAGGAUUGUGCUGCUUCGCUGGAAGUCCACUUACACCUGUAGGAAGACAGAUGUGAGGACACUGUCAAUGCCUGUGACUGAGGAAAUUGAUUGUAUACAGCUGAGGUAAAAAAAAAAAAAUAGUAAAAAAAUAUAUAUAAUAAUAAUUAAAAAGAAAAAACUUUAGAUUUGCAGCUGUCUUAGGCCACUUUGUUUGGAAAAGCCAUUGUAUGGUUUAGCCUUUUCUUCAGCAGUGUUGCUAACCUUUGGCAGUUCUACUGAAUGUAAAGGGGAAAAAAGAUUUCCAUUAGCCCGUUCAGUUUUAUGUACAACACAUUUGAUUAAAUUUAAA